AUGGCCACUGGCAAGCUCCGGCGGUCCGUGGGGUCCUCCAAAAGGACUGAUGGGUUCCAGAGCAAAGUAGUAGCACCUCGUAAUGUGAAGGUAGUCAGAGAGGCAGAGGAGUCUGUAACUCUGACUCCCUCUGCCUUCCUGAAGGAGAUGUCUCUCACCACCGAGCAGAGGCUGGCCAGCACGCGGGAGAUGAGGCGGCCCCGGAUUAUCCAGCUUCUAGACAUGAGUGAAGCCUCCCAUCAAAAGUUCUCAGCGCUUGACCUGGAACAGUGCUUGUUUCAGCCUUUCCCAUCAGAGGUGGUAUUUCAGAGCUAUGUCCCCUGCGAGGUCUACGAAGUGCCGCUGAUCCUGAGGAACAGCGACAAGGUUCCUCGGCUGGUAAAGGUCGUCUUGGAGAGCUCGCCGUAUUUCAAGUUGAUCAACCCCACUGAUGUGUGCCGUAAGGUAGCACCUGGCAUGCCUUCAACUUUCCGCAUCCUUUUCACCCCUGAGGAGAACAAGGAUUACUUCCACCAGCUCACCUGCAUCACAGAAAGGGAAAAAUUUAUUGUGCCAAUCCGAGCUAUAGGUGCCCGAGCUAUCCUGGACUUCCCUGACCAGCUGAACUUCUCCGUCUGUCCGGUCAAGUACAGCACCCAGAAAACUCUGCUGGUUCGCAACAUCGGUAAUCGGGAGGCGCGCUACCACAUCAGCACUCAGAGCCCUUUCUCUGUCGAUCCCUCCAUCGGGACUCUUGGGAUUGGUGCCACCAUGCAAGUAACGGUGGAGUUCCACCCGCUGAAAACCGGGGAUCAUUCCAGGUCUUUGGUAGUUCACUAUGACACAGGUGAAGAUGUUCACACCAGCCUUUAUGGAGCAGCUGUAGACGUCAACAUCAGGCUCGAGAGGAACUCCUUGACAGUUGAGAAGACUUACCUCACUCUGUCAAACCACAGAUCGGUGGUCAUCCACAAUCGGAGUGAAAUCAUAGCCCACUUCCAGUGGAAGGCUUUUGUUACUCAGGAAGAGGAGGAUCAGCAGAAACUGAGGCUGUGUCGCAGGCUGCAGAGGCAGGAGGAGGACCAGACGGAUUAUUUUCUCAAGGAGUGCACAGUGGACCCCACUCUCCGAGAACGCCUUUCCCUUCUCUCCCGCACCUUCCAGAACCAGAGAGCGAAGGUGCAAGGAGACUCCAUGCUCUUCUCCGAUGACAUCUUCACCAUUGAGCCGGUGGAAGGAGACAUCUGGCCCAAUUCUUCGGCUGAAAUUAAUGUGAUCUUUAAACCCCGAGAAGCCAGAGUCUACCAACAAACGGUCUACUGCGACAUCUCAGGCCGUGAGACCAGGCUGCCCCUGCGCAUCAAAGGGGAAGGCAUGGGGCCCCGGCUCCGCUUCAGCUUCGACCAGCUGGACAUCGGGAAGGUUUUCGUUGGAUCAACCCACAGCUAUGAGGCGAUCCUGUUUAACAAAGGAGCCAUCACUGCUCUCUUCAACUUGGUCCCUCCGGUUACAGCUCUGGGCUCCUGCUUCACCUUUCUCCCCGAGGAGGGCAUCAUUUUGCCGGAUGAACUCCAAGCCAUCCAGAUCUCCUUCAGUUCCACCAUCCUGGGGAAGUUCACAGAAGAAUUCCGGUUCAGUGUGAAUGGAUCCCCUGAGCCUGUGACCUUGACUGUCAGGGGCUGUGUCAUUGGACCCACCUUUCACUUCGAUGUACCUUCCCUCCACUUCGGUGACGUCUCCUUUGGUUUUCCUCGCACUUUGUCAUGUCGCCUCACUAACACCUCCUUGGUGCCCAUGACCUUCAACCUUCGCAUUCCUGGGGAUGGCUCGGGAGCACCCAGUGUUACCAGUUUGGCUCAGAUGUCAGAGGGCACUCGUCCAUCCUGGAGAAAGGGAGCUCGGGGUCACGUCAAGCCAACUGAAUUUACCAUAACCCCCUGCAGAGGAACCAUCCGCUCCCAGGGCUUCCUGGAUAUCCAGGUCACCCUGUGCUCCAACACGCUGAAGAGAUACGAGCUGGCACUGGUGGUGGACGUGGAUGGCGUUGGCAAGGAGGUGUUGGCGCUGCUCCUCACAGCCAGGUGCAUAGUUCCUCCGCUGCAAGUGCUCAACCCCAUCGUGACGUUUGGACGGUGCCUUCUGAAAUUCCCUUAUCGGCAGAUGCUGACCCUUGUGAACGACAGCGAUCUGCCAGGCUGCUACAGGGUUCUUCCUCAGGUUUGUUUAUGCUCCAGCCCCGUGCCAUGUGGGAUCAUCCCGCCUCACAGCUCAGUGGAGGUCCCGUUCACACUGGAAGCCCAGGUGCUGGGAGAGCAGGACACUGUGGCUCGUGUCGCCGUGUUCGGGAGCAAAGAGUCCCCGCUGAAAAUCCAUUUAGUGAGCAGCGGAGAAGGACCAGUUGUCUACGUGCACCCAAGUAAGAUAAAUUUUGGCAGUAUCCAAGUUCUACAAGAUGCUUCCCGAACUCUCCACCUCUCCAAUCAGACUGGCAUCCCUGCAUCCUUCUGGGCAGAGAUGGCUGGCAAAUGCUCACGCUGGAGGAUCGAACCCAGUAAAGGAGUCAUCCCCCCCGAGGCCGAGCUGUCUGUGACCAUCGUAGCAAACUUGGAUGACACUGAGAAAUUCCAGGACAAGGUGAACGUGUUCAUAGAGAACAGCCGUACUUACGUCAUCCCCGUCCGGGCUGUUGGCAUCGGCACCACCAUUGUCACCGACAAACCCUUUGCUCCGGAGCUCAUCUUGGGGCCCCACUUCAGCUUGGAUCCCUGCUGCUACCGCUUCAAGAUAACAAACAAAGGGCGACGCACCCAUCAGCUCUAUUGGACAACGGAAGGUUUUGCCCCGUUUCGCCAGCGUGAUCGUCUCCCUGCCAUCAGCAACACCAAGGGCAGAGAUUCCUCCCAGAGCCCCAAACCCGCCUGCCCCGUGUUUAAGCUUCGACCGCUGAGGAUGGAGCUGAUGCCAGGCAAGACGAUGGAGAUGAUGCUGGAAGGCUCCUCCAGCACUCCCCAGGUGGUGAAGGAGCGGCUGCUGUGCCACGCCAUCGUGGGCAGCAAGGCGGGGAAGGCACAGAUAAUGCAAGUGGACGUCACGUGUGAGUUCGUUGCUCCCGUUCUGCAAAUGUCUGCCAGAGAAAUCGCUUUCCGGGUGGAGAAGCAACCCAGUGAUGUCCUCACUCUUCAGUACAAGCCUCUCUCUUUAAAAAACAUCUCCUCCCUGCCCCUCAGCGUUGUCCUGGCCUUAGAGCAACCCUUCUUAAUCUGCGAUGCAGACCGGCAGCCCCUGCCUGCCGAUGUUCAGCCUGUGAAGCUGGAGAUAGGGGAGGAACUUCAUCUCUCCAUCAGAUUUAACCCUGCUUAUGAAGAGGAUUUGAGUAUCCGGGUAGUAGAGAAGGCUCUGAAGAUACAAUUUCUGGAGCAUCCUCAUGAGGAGCAGGUCACCGUUCGGGGAGAAGUCUACUUUCCAAAUCUCCAUAUCCAGACCAUGGCUGUGGACUUUGGUUGCAUCUUGAAUGACACUGAAGAUGUGCGUUACGUCAAGAUGACCAACUGCAGCCCGCUUCUUGUCCAGUACCACUGGGCGUUCCUGACAGACGGUCACGUAAGCCAGAUGAGGUAUGUUCUCCUUUACCCUCUCCUCGAAGCUUUCCUCCUUCCCAGUGUCCUGUUUUGCGUGUGGGGCUUCGGGAAGAAAAAAAUCCAUCUGAACCCACUGGCACCGCUCAGCUGGAGUGCUGAUUUUGGUGAAGAAGCUCUUAUUCUUAAACUUCAAGAGCAAUCCCAAAGCCUUGUUCCAUCCACUGCUGCAGAGAUGAAAGGUGCUGCAGAGCUGGGAGGUGCAGCAGAGACUCGGAGCGUGGUGAAGAUCAAGGAAUUGAUGCAGUUUGUAGAGGCAGAGCCCCUCACCUUGGGAGUGGAGGAGGUUUUCGACAUCCUGCCGCUCUACGGUAUGCUGCAGCCGGGUGAGAGCCAGUGGAUCACCUUCACCUUUUUCGGCCACUCAAACAUCGUCGCCCACGUCAUGGCCCUGUGCCAGGUGGAGGGAGGCCCGACCUACGAGAUUGCGCUGAGCGGGGAGGCUUCACUCAUCAACUACCUCCUAGCCACCACGGAGAUCGACUGCGGGCUGCAGCUGUUUCACGAAGUCACCGAAGCGGAGGUGGCCCUGCAGAACAGAGGGAAGUUGGGAUUCACCUACCUGGUGCUAAGCCCCGGCGCGGCCGCUGCAGCCAGCCCUCUGCCCGGCGUGGCCCUGGUCGUGCCCAGCACGGGUUACAUCGGACCCGGCGAGGAGCAAGUGCUGAAAGUCUAUUACCUGCCAGGAGUGCCUGGGGUCUUCUGCAGGACUUUCCAGAUCCAAGUGGGUCACCUGGAGCCAGAAACAAUUUCCCUGAAAGGAGAGGGGAUCUUCCCCAGGAUCUACUUGGACCUGCCCAGGAACAUCAAAGGAAAUGAAAAAUAUGAGAAGGUGCUCAAGGAGGUGAAAGAAAAGAUGGAAAAAGACAGCCAGAGAGAUGAAGCAGCUGUUCCAGCGGAGGCUGCGGCCACGGAGCCCCCCACGGACGACUGGGGCACCUUGGACACUCGGCUGCAGAUGCAGAUGGAGCAGAUGCUGAUAGAGGAACACGCCCUGGAGCAGCAGAAAGCUCUCGCCUCCUGUUCCCCUGAGGACACUGCCUUUGACCAGCGUGCUCGUCAGAGGCUUCUCAAAGCUAAGCUGCCCGAGUACCUCCUGGACUUUGGCUAUGUCAUUCUCGGUAACAUCCACACGCACAUCGUGAAGAUCACCAACACCAGCCAGUUUCCUGUGUCCUUCCACGCCGCUAGACGAGUCCUGCGUGACACAGGUUUCAGCGUGGAGCUGGACCGUGUGAAGCACCUGCCCUACUGCGAGACAGAGACAUUCGAAGUGCGCUUUGACCCACAAAGUGCUAACCUGCCGCUGGGAGAGGUGGACGUGCUGCUGCCCAUCAAGGUAGCAGGAGGCCCCACGUUUCACAUCCGCCUCCGUGCCAAUGUGGCCGUGCCAUCCCUCUGCCUCUCCAGAGACAGAGUGGAGUUCUCCGCUGUCCAGUGUGGGCAGUGCCAAGAAGAAACCAUCCAGCUGCACAAUCAGCUCCAGCUGCCCUGUAAAUGGUUCAUCACCGUGAACGAGCCCGUUAAGAAGGUGGACAAACAUUUGCCAGCGAGCGUGCGUCGGAAGCUGCUCCAAGAGUUGAAGGCCAAGCCCUGUGCCUUCGAGGCGCUGCCCUCGGCUGGAGCCCUCGCUCCAGGACAGCGAUGCAACGUGCGAGUCAGGUUUUCACCCACGGAAGAGAAGUCCUACAGAAGUGAGCUGAAGAUUAACGUUUGCCAGAGCAGCCAACACCUCCAGCUGCAGGUCUCAGGGCAUGGGCUGGAGCCACAGCUGGAGUUCAGCCCCCCCCUGCUCGAGCUGGGACCAGUGCUGCCGUACAGCCGUGGGGCGGAGGGGACGGUGGUGGUGAGGAACCCAUGCGAGUUCCCCAUCGAGUUUUACUCGCUGGAGUUCGACCACCAGUACCUUGCUGAGGAGCAGAUCCUGCGGAUGCUGAAGGACUAUGAUUGCCACAACACCUUGUUGCUGCCGCCACGUGCCCCGGGUGAGAAGCUGCCCCCAGAGGUGCUGGAGUACUAUCAGGACCAGAAGAGGCUGCAGGAUGAGCAGGCGAAGUCCAAGACUGGGGAAGCAGCGGCAAACUUUGAAGAUGUCCAGUUUCUGUCAGAUCAAGGAGGAAAGCACUCUGCUGGAAUCGUUCACACCAUCUCAUCCCAUAGCUUAGUCGUUCCCGUUCCCUCCUCCAUUUUUGAUGAAAGCCAGUCCAACAAGGUGGACUCUAGAUCUGAAUGUGGAGAAGAGGAGGAGGAAGGUGUUGAGAGAAGACGUGGGACAGCAGAGCAUCGGCAAAGCGCCGCCAGCAGCAAGGAGGCCAUGGGAGAACUGGAGGACAGCCCUGUCUACAGGGCCAUCGCCCGCCACCUUGGCAUCGAUAUCUCUGCGGAAGGACGCGCGGCCCGAAACCGCAGAGGGAUCGUCGUCAUCGUCCAUGGGGCACCUCUGACAGGCAAGACAGCGGCAGCGGUCGCCCUGUCCAAAUACUAUGGUGCUGCCUGUUUGUCCAUCGACACCGUGGUGACAGAAGCCAUCUCGGACAGGAGCAGCUCAGCCGCGCUCCACGCUCGGGAGCUGUGCAUCAGGGCUGCCAUCGAGCAGAACCACAAGGAGAUGGAGGAUGCCGGUCAAAGCGCAGACGUCUCCCUCAGCCUGCAGUUCAGCGCCGAGGCCAAGCACAGCCCAGACGUGAGCCGGUCCAGCUCUGGUGACAAAGUCAGCCUGCAGUCCCUCAGCUCCCGAGGCUGGGCGAGCACCGCAGCGGGCAAGAGGAAGACAGAUGGCCACACAUCCCUAUCCCAGAAACAGCAUCUAACGGAUCCGACAGGCUCCCAGGACUCAUCCAGCUGUCAUCUCGCCUCUCCCUUUCCCUGCGUUCCUGCGCAGCGACGGCUGAGCAUCAGGGGCAGCACGGCGGGCGAGGUGGGCUUCAUGAGCUGCGUGCUGCCCGAGGACAUGCUGGUGGCCAUCCUCUCUGAAAGGCUGCAGCUGAGUGACUGUUACCAGGGAGCGGUGUUUGAUGGCCUGGAGACCCUCUUUGCACACAACGCGGUGUCUGCUCUCCUCUGCCUGCUCAAAGCUGUCAGAAAUCGGCCUUAUAUCUAUUUUGUGAACCUGUUCCAGGAUUACGCUUCUUUCAAAGCCAGGGAGGCAGCCGUGAAAGAGCAGGAAGGACGGGAGCGGGAAGAAGCUGCCAGGAGGGAGAAAGCACGUCUCUGGGAGAUGGAUGAGGACGAGUAUGAUGCCCUCACUGAGGAGCAGAAAACUCAGUUUAAUAACAAUAUACGAGAAGCCCAGCGUGAGAGGAAGAAGAGGGAGAUGGAGCAGCUGGCUCGAGAGCUUGAGGAAAAACACCAGCGGGAGCUAGAACGCCUGAAGGAGGAAGAAGAGCUGAAGAAGAAGUCUAAGCGGGGCAAGAGAGAGCUUGGAAAAGACAAAGAUAAUGUUUUGGGGAAGAAAAGCCACCCUGGAGUCAGGCAGAAUAUGAACACGUCCACCAGCAACACCAACGCAUCCACCAGCAACCGCUCGGAUGUCACCGAAGGGGUAGACAAGAAGGGAUCUGUAAAGGAGCAGUCAGACUCUGUUGCAAGUGACAAGGCAGAUAAGAAAAAGCGGAGCAAGGUUCCCCUGACGGAUGCCUGCCCGGCGAUGGUUGCGCAACCCGCAGACCCAGAACAGGGGGAAACCAAAACCGAGACCCCGAGUGACAGCGAGAAGAACUUGGCCCUGAGGUUUAAGGUCUACGAGGCAUUGCAGAAGGACAUCACGCAUAUUUUGUCAUCCUGGGACAGGGCUCAGGGUAUCCUGCUCUCCUCUCUGAACCAAGAGGAGGUGCAGCAGCAAGCAGAAGAGCAGCGGCAGCAUUUAUCCAGCCGCAGGAGCCGGAAGGAAAGAGAAAAGGAGCGUCAGGAGAGGCUGGAGAAGGAGCGUGUGGAGAAAGAGCGGCUAGAAAAACUGAAGGCUCUUGAGGACUCCAAGUUAUCUCAGCUGGAAGAGGAAGGUGCGGAAGGGUCAGCCAAAGGCGAGGAUGUCGGGGUGCCCUGCUUGGACAUCCAGGUGCUGAGCUCAGAAGAUGUGCCUGGCGAGAUCCUGGAGAGCGGCAAGCUGCCAACAGCAGAGCAGAUCCUGGAUGACCUGGGUCUGGGUCCCUCAGGACCUCCUAUUCCCCCUCCUGCUUUUUACUCUGUGAUCCGCUACCCGGAGAAGCGGAUGGCACCCGCAGCAGGAGAAGCCCUCAAGCACUUCAACUUUGUUGUGCCGGAAGAUGCCACUGCGGAAGAAGAAAAGAAGGAUACCGACAGUCCCGUGGAUGCCCCUGUUGUGUCGGCACUGAAGGUGUCAGAGGAGCAGGUCACCCCAACCAGGGGCCGGUUGAGGAAGGAGAAAGCCGCGGGCAGCCGGGAGGCUACGAGGGAGAAGCGGAGCUCCGGCCGGGGCAGGAGAGGUCUGGGCACAGGAGCACCCACACGUCCCCCUGAGAUGGACCAAAGUGGCACAGACACAGCGGCAUCCCUGAGGAGAUCUGUCAGGCUGAGCAGCUGCCGGUGGGUAGUGCCUGCCCGCGGCGAGGUGGAACUGAAGGUCCACUUCAGCUCUACGGCGUUGGGCCAGUUUGAUCAGACGCUGCAUUUUGAGAUCCUGGGGACAAACCGUCUGUACCAGCUGCACUGCAGGGGCAUCUGCCUGCAUCCCACCAUCAGCCAGGACCCACGGGUGGUGUUUCCUCACUGGAGGAAGAGCAAGGCGGAUGAUGACAUCAUCUUCAAGCAGUAUGUCAUGAACACAGGUGUAUUCCACUUUGGACCACUGCUGUGUGGGAAGUCAAGAGACUGGUACAAGGCGCAGCACUAUCCCAGCAAUUGCGAGAAGAUAACCAUCCUCAACGUCACCCCCUUGGAAGCAGAAGUGCAUUUCUUCUUUGAGCGCGAUCUCAAAGCGGACACGUUCCUUCUAGACCCUCCCAGCAUGAGGCUGAGACCUCACGAGAAGCAGGAGCUGAGCCUUUGGGCGUACCCCACUUCAGCUGGCCUCGUGGAAGACAACCUCAUCUGCUGCGUUAAGGAGAACCCAGAGGCGGUGGUCUUCCGGCUGUGCUGCCAGGGGGUGCAGGUGGAGCUGGGGGUCAGCCCCAAGCAGGUGCAUUUCGACAAGCUGCUGCUGCACAGGAGGGACAGCAAGACCCUGGUCCUACAAAACCGUACCCCGCUGCCCAUGGCCUGGCGGCUCAGUGGGCUGGAAAACCUCGGCGAGGACUUCUCCGUGUCGCAAGAUGUGGGCAUCGUCGGUCCCCGCACGGAGUUUGGUGUGCAUCUGUAUUUCAAGGCCACGAAGGCUCUCACCAUUAAGAAGAUGAUCCGAUUAGAGGUUUCAGAUGCCGAAAACGUCCUGGGGAUUGUCCAGAUUGAAAAUAUCCAAAUCCACGCGGAGGCCUACGAUGUCGCUCUGAGCAUCAGCAUUUCUAAAGGUACAGACGGCAGCGUGGAUUUUGGAAUCCUUAAGGUCCUGGAUGAUGCGAAGCAAGUGCUGACUCUGAAGAACCGAGGGAAGUACGAGAUUGCGUACAGUUUCAAGCUGGAAUCCGCAGAUACUGACAUCCCCGACUUGGCGUCCCACUUCACUGUCCAGCCGCAGAAGGGCACGCUGACUGCCUCCGAACGCCCCGUGCAGGUCCAGCUGCUCUUCCACCCCAAAGUGGAAAUGGAUAUUGAGGACAAACCCAUCCUGCACUGCCAGGUGAUUGAGCCCAACGUCUGUGAAGGAGGCGAGACCAUCGCCAUCAUCCCGGUGAGGGUGUCAGCGAAAGCUGUGUUCAGCAAGUACAGCAUUUCCCCUGCCGCGCUCAUCAACUUUGGUGCCAUGAUGAGCGGCACCAGGAAAACCUGCACCUUCACGCUGGAGAACAAAGGCAUCCUUGACUUCAAAUUCUUCAUCUACCAAGUAGACCAGGAUGCGCCUGUAUUGCCAAGAAAAAGUGCACAUCAACGAAGGAAAUCCGCCCGCUCCCAAGACAGUGAAAACUUCAGCAAGAUGGCUCCCUCGGCCAAGCAAAGCAAACACUCGCUCCAAAAGGACACCAACCCCUUCAUGCAGGCUCGCUUCACUCUAGGCAUGUUCACGGUGUACCCCGGCUUUGGCUCCGUCCCUGCCGGGGGCCAGCAGGUGAUCACAGUGGAUUGCUACGCAGAGCCUCUGGGGACAUGCAAGGAGGACCUGUCCAUCGAAAUCAGUGACAGAGACCCCAAGGACAAUCCCCUCGGCAUCCCCUAUACCCUGUGUGCCGAGUCCUGCCUCCCAGCAUUUGUGGUUGAUGACGUAGAGUCCAUCUUUGAGGAACAUCAAAUCUGCAGCAACAUCAACCUCUGCCAGAUCCUCCAGACAGUGCAAGACAAGGGCGUGUUUGUCAGAGAUGAGAACAAGUUUAUCUUCACCAACGUUCUGGUUGGGCACCGGGCCACAGCUCGCUUCAGGAUCCGCAAUGUGGACAAAGUCCCCUGUGACGUGGUUCUCUCCGUCAAACCCAUCCCCAGUAAGCUUAACAGCCGCGUUAGCGACGUUUUCGAGGUGGAUCCCGUUCGGAUGUGCGUGCCCAGCCGCUCCCACGCUUUCGCUACAGUGACUUUCACUCCACAAACCAUGCAGAACUACCAGUGCACUUUUGAGGCUUCCCUCGAUGCCCAGGCAAGCCCUGCAGCAAUUAAAGCCCAAAGCCUGACCUUCGAGAUCAGCGGAGAUGGGAAUCUGCCUCGGGUGACGCUCCUGCGCCCCGUCCUUCGCGAUAAGAGAGGGAACCCUCUGCUGCUCUUCAAGAAGCUGUUGCUGGGUGAUUCGGACAAACUUCCUCUGGUCCUUCAUAACGCUGGCACCAUACCUGUCCAGUUGAUGAUAGACCUGUUGGAUGAAGGCGGAGUUUUCUUCUUGAAAGCAAGGCCCACCACACACUGCAUCUACCAAGCUGCGGGCGUGAAGGAGGACUCUCCUGGAGAAGAGAGGAAGCCUCACACCGCUUCCCUGGUCCUGCAUCAUGGGGAAUCAGCAGAGUUUGAUGUGCUUUUCAAACCCACCCUGGCCCAACGCGUGGAAGGAAAGAUCCACCUGUCAGUGGUGGACAACCCCUAUGAAGAGACGGACGUUCAGCUGGUGGGCGAAGGCUACGAGGAUGACUUCACGCUAGAUAACAUCCAUGGACUAGUGGCAGACGGCAAGGAGGAGGAGAACACCGAGGGCAAUCUGGAGGAAGACAUAAUUGAGGCUGCCAGAGUGGAUCACAUCCAGUUUGGGGACUGUCACAUUGGGAGACCCUACACCGUGACCUUCACCAUCACCAAUCGCAGCAGAGAGGAGGCGAUGCGGUUCGAGUGGCUGGCAGACACCCCUUUUCACUUCUCCCCCCAGGUGGGACACCUCCAUGCUGGCUGUGCUAAGGACAUCACAGUAACCUUGAAAUCGGACAUGGCGGUCGCCUUCAAAAUGCACCCAGUGAAGUGUAAGGUGGCUCGGAUCGCCUUCCAGCUGCCACCAGAGCAGGUUACCGACUGGGACGACCGCCUGCGCACUGUCAAGUGGGUGGAUGCCACGAAGGACCCAGCAGCCACGUGGCCUGUGAAGAAGAAGGUGAUUGAGACAGACCCCGAACCGGCUCACACUGUCCUGGAGAAGAGCAGCCGUGAGGUGGAGCUUCGCCUCAGUGCUGUCGUUGACUACGCGGAGUUCCAGCUGGAUAUGGACGUGAUUCAGUUCAAGGAGAUGUUGCUCUUCCAGACGAGGAUACUCACUUUCCACCUCUCCAAUACGGGGAAUGUGGCCCUGGAAUACAGCUGGAUGGUGGCUGUGGAGGAUGAAAGGGCGGUGAACCAUACUGGGGAGCUGCUCCCGCCCGGUCUGGAUGGUAAGGCGCUCUCUGUUGCACGUCUGGCGUCAGUCCUGAGCCCAUUUAAUUUGCUGACGUACAGCCUUCCCCAGGUCUCUUCCUCCCUGAGCUCAUCUCUGAACACCGGCAGCGCCACCCCGGUGUUCUCCAUCGAGCCCUGCAGUGGCACCGUCCUUGCCGGCCAGGAGCAGCUCUUCCAGAUUAAGUUCUCUCCGGUCUACGUGGGGGAAUUUGAAAGCCGUAUGUUCUGCAGUAUUCCUAACCUGAAGCCAAAUCAGAAGGGCCCAGAGGUGGUUGUGAACGGGAGAAGCCUGAUGCCAGACUGCCACUUUGAACUGGAAGACUCUGACUACAUCACCGCGAAAAGGCGCAGCCCAGAGUUGCAGGGACCAAAGGGGACAACGUUUGAUCCCAACACAAGAGUGAUUGAGUUUGCGGCAACUGGAGUGUGCAGCAGGAUCAGCAGGACCUUCAUGGUUAUGAACCCAACCGGUUCCACGUAUUCCUUCCAGUGGACUUGCCAAGACCCUGAAGCCCCACCAGAACAGGUGGCUUUCUUCUGCCUUGCCGAGAGAGGUCAGAUCCAGCCAGGGAAGAAAGCAGAGAUGAAGUUUGAAUUCAUCGCCCGGCACCUGGACAUCACAGAAUCAUUCUGGGUCUUUACAAUUCCUGAGCAGAGCAUCUCAGUCCCGUUCCUGUUGGUGGGCAACACCACCGACCCGCUAGUGACUCUGGACAGAUCCCACCUCAACUUCCACUUGCUGUUAAUCGGGCACGAGGUACACCAGACUAUCUAUAUAAUCAACAGCGAGAAGGAAGCCUUCAGCUUUGCUUUCAGAGAAAGCUCUCUCUUCUCAGAGGGAUGCAACGCCACCAUGAAAAUAGAGCCCCUGGAAGGCUCCAUUGCUCCUCUUUCAAGGUUUCCCGUUACAGUCUUCCUCACACCAACACUAGAAGGAGAGGUGGUCUUCAACCUCAAGUGCGAUGUCAAGAGGAAGACCCAGCCCCUCUCCUUGAAUAUCAAGGCCACCAGCUAUAGCAUGAAUGUGUCUGUCGGGUGCGAGGACAGCGAUGGCUGUGUCACUGAGCUCAGUGCGCAUGAGAUUAACGUCAUUGAUUUCAAGGAGGUACAGCUCAACGAGAACAUCAAGCGCAUCUUCAGCAUCCGCAAUAAGGGCAAGUUCAGCUUCACCUUCUCGUGGGAGCUGAGCGGCCCCGCAGCCCGUAAGCAGGUCCUUACCAUCACCCCUCCGACGGGCGCCGUGCAGGCGGAGAGGAAAGCAGAGACCGAGCUGGCUUUCCACCCACAGAAGAUGUGCUCUUUAAAGGAUGUAGAGCUGACGCUGCAGAUCAGCAAGGGUCCCACGUUUACUUGCGUGUUCCUGGCCACCGUGGUAGUGCCCACUGUCCACUUCUCCACCACCAGAGUCAAUUUUGGAGCCUGCUUCAUCUACCACGCUGGGAUGCCACCUGCCCGUCAGACCAUCGUCAUGACAAAUGAGGCAGACAAGGAUAUCAGUUUGAACUGCUUGUUCACCAGCACUGUGCACCUGAAGGUGGACUUCCGAGGGUGCAUCCUACACCCAGGAGGGACAGUGGAGGUGCCCAUCACUUUCUAUCCCCGAGAGGUUGCGUCUUACCAUGAGCUCAUCCCUUUUGAAAUCAAUGGGCUUUGCCAGCAGACCAUUGAGGUCCGAGGAAGGGGCACAGAAAUGAAGGUUGAUGUUGUGGAACCACAAGGAAAGGUGGUGAAGCUAGGAGCCCUCUCCAUCGGACAGACGGUGAAGAAGAUUGUCACCAUAGCAAACAACAGUGUGGCCCCUCUCACUUUUAAGCUCCGUCUCACAUCCACCAUGCCAGAGCUGCAAGAAGCUGGGGUUCUCUGCUUGAACCCCAUCAGCGAACUAACUCUGAAGCCCAAAGGAGAUACCUGUAAAGUGGAGGUGAACUUCUCUCCAAAGUGCCGCAUCCAGCCGUUCGCUGAAGAAGUGAUGUUGGAGUGCAACGGCCUGGCACGCUCCCUCUUCAUGGUGCGGGGCUCCUGCCAGGGCAUCCAAGUGAGCUUGGACCAGGAACACCUCAGCUUUGGAGCAGUGGUGCAGCACAGCCACACAUCCCGGCACAUCAUCAUGCAGAACACAGGCGACAUAGGAGUCAAGUUUGAGUGGGACAUCAAGAGCUUCAAGCCAGAUUUCUCCAUCAGCCCCGCAAAGGGUUACAUCUCCCCAGGAAUGGAUGUCCCCUUCGUCGUGACAUUCCGCCCCUCGAAGCUGAGCCAUGCUAUCCAGUACAGGGACCUGCAGUGCUUCAUCCAGGGCAGUGAGCCGCUCUGCCUUACGCUGGCAGGAUGCUGCAUGGAGAUCCCUGUGGCCAAAGAGACACUGACUUUCACAUGCGACGUGCGUGAGAAGCACAGCCAGACCAUCCUCCUGUCCAACCCGAGCAACGAGGCCUGGACCGUCCAACCUGUUAUUGAGGGGAAACACUGGAAAGGGCCUGAAUUUUUUCAUCUGGAGGCCAAUCAACAAAACAAGCCCUACAAGAUCACUUACAGCCCCCUAACCAUGAGCUCUGAGAACAAAAAGCAUCAGGGCUCCAUCUUCUUCCCACUGCCAGAUGGGACAGGCUUGUACUACCUCCUGCAAGGGACUGCUGAGGCCCCAAAGUGUUCAGGGACCAUUUUCCGGCAGGUACCGUGUAGGACUUCCUACACCGAGGUCAUCCCCGUCUCCAACUGGCUGAACAGACCACAGAGGUUCCUCGUGGUGGUGGACAUACUCAAACCAGAAAACCUGGAAAGCAGUUCUGUGCUGCAGGGGCUGGAAUACAUUGACGUGCCAGGCUCUGCCAAGAAGGACUACAAGCUCACGUUCCUCUCCUACAAGGAAGGAGUCUUUAACACAAUGGUGACUUUCCUCAACAAGGUGACCGAGGAGUACUUGUUCUACAUGGUGACUUUCAAGGCCACCGCUUCGGGACCCAUCAGCACUGUCGAAAUGAGCACCGCUGUUCGGCAGAGAGCGUCUUCCACCGUCAAGGUGGACAACCCUCUGCCUGUGCCGGUGACAUUUGCUGUAGAUUGCAAAGUGCCUGAUGUCAGUGUUCCCCCACAUUUCACUGUUCCUGCGCAGUCAGAGGCUGACCUUGUCUUUGAGUACCAGCCCAUGAAAAUGGGUGACAGCACCGGGCGCCUGGUGCUCCAGAGCAGCGACUUGGGCUCUUUCUACUAUGACCUGCACCUGAAAGCCACCACGAAUAGGCCAGAGAAGCCCCUCUACUUCUGCACCACACUGGGCUCUAGUCAAACCAUCACCACCAAAAUCAUGAAUUACGCCCGACAGAAGACAGACUACCUCCUCCAGACCAACUGCGCUGACUUCCAGGUGGAAAAAACCAUCAGCGUGGCUCCCGCCAGCCCGGGGGGCUCGGAGGUGAGCCUGGAGGUGACCUACGAGCCCUGCCAGCUGGGCGAAGCCAGGGCCACGCUGCAGCUCUCCUCCCCGCUUGGGGGGGAGUACAGCAUCCCCCUCUUCUCCCUGGCCCUCCCCCCCAAACCCCAGGGCCCCUUCCUCAUCAAGGCCGGCGCCACCACCUCCAUCCCCUUCAAAAACAUCUUCCUGCAGCCCACGGCCUUCCAGUACACGCUGGAGCACCCGGCCUUCGCCGUCAAGGCCCCCGAGAGCUUGCGCUCCAAGAAAACCACCUUCAUCGCCGUCUCCUUCGAGGGCGGCCCGGCCCCCGUCACCACCAAGAUGGUGGUCUCCUGCCCCGGGGGGGCCGGGGUCUCCUGGGUCUACUACCUCAAGGGCCUCCCUGCUCACAAGUGA